AUGAAUAGAUCAGGAACGCAUGGCUUACACCGGCAUGACUUAGACCGGCGGGGCUUACACCGGAUCGAGGCGAAGCUCCUAAUUAAAAUCAACGCUUUAUCAGAAUUAACAGCGGGUCGUAGUACCAUGGUUCCAACGACCUCUCUCUUCAUGCUCGGACUCCGUCAAGGAGAACCCACAACAUUGGAAGAUCGGCUCGCGUUGAGAUGUAGCAGCAUCAGGGCUAUUCCAUAACUCAUCAGGAAAUACCUUGAAUGGACAUCUUCAGUUAUUUUCGCUGUUCCCGGAGAUCUGAUAUCGAGUUCUUUUUCUACCUUUGAUGCAAAAUGGUUCGGGGAUAUGUUGUUGUGUACGGGCUAUUAAGAUAUAUCAGAAUUUGACACCUUUUUAUUGUGUUAACCAUCAUCAAUUAUUGUUUAAUUUGAUUAUUUCAAUAAACUAUUAGCAUUAGGCAGUUGAUCUUUGGCAACCUUCCACUAAGAGCCAAUCCUUCCUCAAGCCCACACAGACUUCAUGACUGAUGCCUCGUGGCUUCCCUCAUCACAGCUGUUAGCUCUAAUAGAACUUCUGCUUAUAUGGCCACCGGUAUUUAUUUGAAUCCGUUAUUUAUCGGUUCCAUCUUCGUAAUACAUGUGUAAAGGCAAUAUUCAGGUUUUUUUUUUUUUUUUUUCUUAAACGUGAUUUAAAUAAUUUAUCACCAUUCUUUCUCUUUGGUUUUUAUCUUUUCUGUGAUUUGGGAAAUUUAUCUUAAGAUAAUCAUUUUAAACUAUACAAACCAUGUUGAGCUUAAGACAUUGAUGGAAAACAGUUGGUUCUUUCCAGGCUGUAAGUAAAGUCGC